UUCUUUCGCGAGAGUCAUAGCGUGGCUUAGAAACACAAAAGCCUCACGCAGAGUACGGGAACUCGAAAACCCUAGUAAUCUCAUUUCUGUGUGUUUGUGUUCCUGUGAGAGAAAAAUGGCAGAGGGUCUCGUUCUCCGCGGCACCAUGCGCGCCCACACCGACGUCGUAACGGCGAUUGCCACUCCCAUUGACAACUCCGACAUGAUAGUCACGGCUUCGCGCGACAAAUCCAUCAUCUUGUGGCAACUCACCAAGGAGGACAAGACCUACGGUGUCCCACGCCGCCGUUUAACCGGUCACUCCCACUUUGUUCAGGAUGUUGUUCUAUCUUCUGACGGACAGUUUGCGCUUUCCGGCUCCUGGGACGGUGAGCUCCGCCUCUGGGACCUUGCAGCCGGCACCUCCGCGCGCCGUUUUGUUGGACACACCAAGGACGUCCUCUCUGUGGCGUUCUCCAUCGACAACCGUCAGAUCGUGUCGGCCUCGCGUGACCGCACAAUCAAACUGUGGAAUACCCUUGGUGAAUGCAAGUACACCAUUCAAGACAGUGAUGCUCAUUCUGAUUGGGUUAGCUGUGUGCGUUUCAGCCCUAGCACUCUUCAGCCGACUAUUGUGUCUGCAUCUUGGGACCGCACUGUUAAGGUGUGGAACCUCACGAACUGCAAGCUGAGAAAUACCCUUGCUGGACACAGUGGGUAUGUGAACACUGUUGCUGUUUCUCCCGAUGGUUCUCUGUGUGCCAGUGGUGGAAAAGAUGGAGUUAUUUUGCUGUGGGAUUUGGCUGAGGGUAAGCGUCUCUACUCUCUCGAUGCUGGCUCUAUUAUCCAUGCCCUCUGCUUCAGUCCCAACAGGUACUGGCUGUGCGCCGCCACCGAGCAGAGCAUCAAGAUCUGGGAUUUGGAGAGUAAGAGUAUUGUUGAGGAUUUGAAGGUGGACCUUAAGACGGAGGCCGAUGGUACCACCGGUGGCAACACAAACAAAAAGAAGGUCAUCUAUUGCACGAGUUUGAAUUGGAGUGCAGAUGGAAGCACUUUGUUUAGUGGUUAUACUGAUGGCGUGGUCAGAGUUUGGGCAAUUGGACGUUAUUAGGUUAAGCUUUUAGUGUUUUCAGAUGAAAAUCAGCUUUGAGUUUUGGGACAAAGUUACUGCUUUACUGUAGAAUUGAUUUUUAUGUUCAAGACCGUGGCUUUGAGACCUUCUAUUUAUUUUUGAAACGUUGUUUUUGGUUUUUACUUACAUGGAUAUUUCAAAAUCUUGGAUUCCAUCUA